AUGGCGGCUUCUUCUACUUUCUCCUCACUUCUACGUUCAUCACCGGCUCUUCUCUCCGACCACCGCUCUCCGCCGCCGAGCAGAUGCUCCGUUUCUUCCUCGCCACUGCUCCCUGGUGCUCCCAGGUCGUCUCGUUUGGGUUUCGCUGUACCUGAGAGGAGAAAAAAUCUCGUCGUCGUGAAUUCGACAAUCGGAGAAGUCUCCUUCCGCGACCCGUCGACAUCUGGAUCGGGAGGUGACGAGCGAAUCGAAUCGCUUAAACUCAAAUUACUGAGUGUGGUCUCGGGAUUAAACAGAGGACUUGUGGCAAGUGUAGAUGAUCUGCAGAGAGCUGAGAUCGCUGCUAAGGAGCUUGAAAACGCUGGUGGGCCGGUUGAUCUGACCGAUGAUCUUGACAAGCUCCAAGGGAAGUGGAGGCUACUGUAUAGCAGCGCCUUCUCUUCAAGAUCUCUAGGUGGUAGUCGUCCUGGAUUACCCACCGGACGUUUGAUUCCUGUAACUCUUGGCCAGAUUCCUCCGUUUGAUAUCCCGAGGCUUCCCGACAGUUUCCGGCCACCGUCAAACCCUGGAACUGGAGAUUUUGAAGUCACCUUUGUUGAUGGUAACAUGCGCAUAACUCGUGGGGAUAGGGGUGAGCUUAGAGUAUUCGUUAUUGCCUAA